AUGAGCGUGUCUUUCCCUUUUCUCGACAAAAUCGAAAACCGCUUGGGCUACCUGGUGAUCGAUGAGUCCGGGGCUAUAGUAAUGUCAGAGGGCGAGCUCGCCAAUAAUGAGCGAACGGCGAAGGCGGUGCGCGAAAUUUUAUAUUUGGAACGACCUCAGGCGCCGACGAGAAAGGCCAAGGGGAAGACGACCGAGAUGCGGAUCGACUACCAGUCCAGCUACUACACGAUCGCCCGGAGCGGAAAGUACGGGUUUUGCGUGAAGCGGAAGCGGAUACGACCUGUGCCGCCCGAACCGCCGCCACCCGAGAUCCACCCAUUCUUCCCGAACCUCAACCCCCCGGUCCGGCCCACCCUCGUCGCGCAGAACAUUGCCAGCGCCGCCGCGCGCUCCGACCCCAACCCCCUCCGACUCACCCAGCAAAUCAACAUCCGCGGCAGCAAAACCCCUUCGCCGCCCAAGAAAAAU